AUGGCUCAAGCUCUGGGCUUUGCGUACCGCAUGGCCGUUCCUGCGGCCAUUGGUAUCGCGGUCGUGCAGUCGUCAAUCUACGACGUCAAGGGUGGAUCCAGAGCAGUCAUCUUUGACAGGAUGUCCGGUGUCAAGGACGCCGUCAUCAACGAGGGCACGCACUUCCUCGUGCCGUGGCUGCAGAGGAGCAUCGUCUUUGACGUGCGGACGAAGCCGAGAAACAUCGCGACGACGACGGGCAGCAAGGAUCUCCAGAUGGUCAGCUUGACCCUCCGUGUGCUGCACCGGCCCGAAGUCCAGGCCCUCCCCAAGAUCUACCAGAACCUCGGCCAAGACUACGACGAGAGAGUCCUCCCCUCCAUCGGAAACGAGGUCCUCAAGUCCAUCGUCGCCCAGUUCGACGCCGCCGAGCUCAUCACCCAGCGCGAGGCCGUCUCCCAGCGCAUCAGCUCCGACCUCCGCAAGCGCGCCGCCGAGUUCAAUAUCGCCCUCGAGGACGUCUCCAUCACGCACAUGACCUUCGGCAAGGAGUUCACAAAGGCCGUCGAGCAGAAGCAGAUUGCCCAGCAGGACGCCGAGCGCGCGCGCUUCAUCGUCGAAAAGGCCGAGCAGGAGCGCCAGGCCAACGUCAUCCGCGCCGAGGGCGAGGCCGAGUCCGCCGAGACGAUCAGCAAGGCCAUCGCCAAGAACGGCGACGGCCUCGUGCAGAUUCGAAAGAUUGAGGCCGCGCGGGAUAUCGCGGCGACGCUGUCGUCGAAUCCGAACGUCGCGUACUUGCCGAGCGGCGGUAAGAGCGGUAAUCAGAUGCUGUUGAACGUUGGCCGGCCGUAA